UAUUAUGAUUAUUGAAAAAUUUAGAAAUCCAUAUAAUACAUAUACCCAAAUCAAAGAUAGUCCUAAAUUAUUAUUUAAGAUCUCUUUCUACUCUUUUGCUCUAUUACUUUUAUCACAGUUGCCACCGUUUGUAUUAUUCAUUUUUAUGAUAGGCUUGUGCUUGUUUGAUCAUCAGCUAUUUAACAGGUAAAAAGUUCUUUGAGAUUUACUUUCAUAAACAUUUAAAAUAAGGAAUCAUAGAUAUGUUUCCCUAAGGUUUAAAAGAUGCAUUAAUGAAGAGAUCCAUUUUUGAUUUACUUUGUGACAUUUGGUUUAUGCCCAAAUUCUCAUUGUACAUUAGAGCUUUCCUUAAACCUUUUAUUGCUAAUAUUGAUCCUGAAAAUGUAAGUUCUCUAUCUUAUUUCUAGGCUGAACAGGCUCUUGAUGGUCUCCCAUAUGAAGACAGAUAAAUCAUAACCAAAAAAGGAAUAAUUAAUACUUUGCCUAUGUUACUUUAAACUACUGUAGAUACAACCUAAUAAUAAAUUAAUGAAAGUGAAGUUGCAUUAACUCCUCAUACUCCCUCAAAAAUUAAACAAAAAAAAAACAGAUUUGAUAGAAAAUAAUAUAAUAGGACAAAAUCUAAAAGAGUUUUCAAAGAAGAUAAAAUUGUUUCCACUUUUAAAAUGCCUUGGACUAUUGUAAAAACUUAUGAAGAAGACAGAGCUUCCAUUAUGUCAUCAUAAUCUGACUUAGAUUUCUCAAAUAAAUAAAACCUUUCCAUUGUUGAAGAAAUUAAACCAUUACCUUCCUACUAAGAAAACAUUGGAUUCAAAAACAUUGAACUUGUACUUAAACCCUAAACAAGUUAAGAAUAAAUUAAAUGGGAUAAUCUUGAUAAUUUCUACAAUCAAGUUAAAGACACUGUCCCUGGAAAUCAUAAAAGUAUGCAUUUCUUAUUCUAAUCAAUAGGACCUUUAGAAAUGAUUUUAAAAAUCACUAAUCUUAUUAACAAUUUAGUUCAUUUCGAAAAAAGAAGCAAACAAAUUUUAGCCAUCAAUAAUAAUGCUUUAAUUAAGACCUUUAUUAUUUCAGCCGUAUUAAAUACAAUUAUAUUAAGGUUGCAUUAGCAUUUCAAUCAUACAUCUCUACUAGAACAAGAAGAUUGAUGAUGCAAACUAUUAUGAUUAUUUGUUAUCUUGGUAGUGCUGGAAUUGCAACAGGAACUCUAGGUCUGUUUCUUGUCAAAAUAGUAAAUAAAAACAAAAAGAAAAGAAAUUGA